GAGAAAGGUGCACAGCAGGCAUAAUAUUUUGUUAAAUUUAUGUGUCAAAAGUGACUUUAUGUCUUUUUGUCACAUGAAAGUAAAGUUCAGGUGCAACCAAGCUCUCUAGUAAAUUAAAUGUGAGCACUAUUGUGGGAUUGUGGUGGCGCCUUUUGCCCUUACCAGCUGCCCCUGGAUGGAUGGAUGCAUGGAUGGAGCGGUUGCAGCAUGCAGGAGCAAAGAGAGAGAGAGUGGAGAAGCGCGCACCAAAGCUCACCUCUUGGCGAGCCCCUCUUUGGAUGACACACUCUCCUCCUCCUCCUCCAAUUCCUCUUGCUCCAUGCGUGGAUCAAGACGGCAUCAUAUGGAUGUCCCAGAAGAAAGGAUUGCCUCCCCCCUGAAAUAGAAAAAAAAGAAGGAAUAAAGAGGACUGACUUCCCACGGAGUGCAGAGUGCAGAGUGGGUGUAUGCAUUUGGACUGAUAAUGAAGCGGAAUUUGGAUUGUUUGCAAGCCAGGAUGCCGUGAGUGUCCUCCUAUUAAACUAUUUUAUUGAUUACAUGGAUAUUCCAAUCAAGGAUUUCAAACUUCAAGGUAAAUCAUUGGAACAAAUGAAAACGGGAGAAAAUGACAUUGAUGGAGGAUUACAUUCACAUGUCAUUAUAAAGUGAACUGCUGACACUUUGGGAAUUAUGCUUUCAGCCUAAUUUUGUUAUUGUUUUUUUCCAUUAAAGGCAUGAAAGAAAUAGUAGGUUUUCGAUUCAGGCACCAAUAUAGUCAAGUGGAAACGCCUGGAGUACCAUUAAAACAAAUCAGAUAAACGCAGUGUGAAGCCUGUCAAUAGCAGCUAUUGAUGAGGUGCUAUAUAAGGCUAAUGACCGGCCCCAGCAGCUGUACUCAUCGUUGGUGCAACGGCAAUGUGGUGUGAAACUUUCCCAGAUGCCAAGUCUUUGAAUGCACUGCUUUGGAUAAAUAAGACCCUGGACUCAAAAGUGUAAUGAGUGAGAUUCUGAAAUAGGAGCACCAAAAACCACAAUGGUGGUUCCGAAGAGGUGCCAAAGGGUGACCCGGAUUGCAAAACAGCUGACCUUCCUGUCCUGAAUCAGCGAGAGGCGCAGCUGCAGCGAGCCGGGGGAUGUGAUGGGGUGACGGCUCACAACCUCCCCCGACACAUCCCUAAAACCCACCUGCCCUCCCCCCCCUUUUUUUUCUCUGACUCUAGCAUAGCUUCAAAACAAUGGAUCACAAUUUCUCCACAGUGCGAGAUGGUAAACAGCUGCUACCAGAGCGCGAUUCGUCUAAACGGGUGCUGACGGGAUGCUUUCUCUCACUCCUCAUCUUCACCACGCUGCUGGGCAACACGCUGGUGUGUGCUGCCGUCACCAAGUUCCGUCACCUGAGGUCCAAGGUCACCAACUUCUUCGUCAUCUCCCUAGCCAUCUCCGACCUCCUGGUGGCCAUCUUGGUCAUGCCGUGGAAAGCUGCGACGGAAAUCAUGGGCUUUUGGCCUUUUGGUGCCUUCUGCAACGUGUGGGUGGCAUUUGACAUCAUGUGCUCCACCGCCUCCAUCUUGAACCUGUGUGUGAUUAGCGUGGACCGCUACUGGGCCAUCUCGAGCCCCUUCCGCUAUGAACGCAAGAUGACCCCCAAAGUGGCAUGUCUAAUGAUUAGCGUGGCGUGGACCUUGUCGGUGCUCAUCUCCUUCAUCCCUGUUCAACUGAACUGGCACAAAGCUCAGCCCAGCAGCUACGCUGAGCUAAACGGAUCGUACCCGGGCGACCUGCCUCCUGAUAACUGUGACUCCAGCCUGAACAGAAGCUAUGCCAUCUCUUCAUCGCUCAUCAGCUUCUACAUCCCCGUGGCCAUCAUGAUCGUCACGUACACCCGAAUUUACCGCAUUGCCCAAAAACAGAUACGGAGAAUAUCUGCUCUGGAGCGGGCAGCGGAGAGUGCCAAAAACCGCCAUAGCAGCAUGGGGAACACUUCCAAUAUGGAGAGCGAGAGUUCGUUCAAAAUGUCGUUCAAGCGAGAAACCAAAGUCUUAAAGACACUCUCUGUCAUUAUGGGGGUGUUUGUGUGCUGCUGGUUGCCCUUCUUCAUACUCAACUGCAUGGUUCCCUUCUGUGAGCCCAACCUGCCCGACGACGCCAAUGACUUCCCGUGCAUCAGCCCCACCACCUUCGAUGUGUUUGUGUGGUUCGGCUGGGCCAACUCCUCGCUCAACCCCAUCAUCUAUGCCUUCAACGCGGACUUCCGCAAGGCCUUCUCCAUCCUGCUGGGAUGCCACCGCCUCUGCCCGGGCAGCAACACCAUCGAAAUCCUCAGCAUCAACAACAACACCGGAGCCCCCAUUCCCAACCCCAACUGUCAGUACCAGCCCAAAAGCCACAUCCCAAAGGAGGGAAACAACUCGGCUAGUUGCGUGAUUCCUCACAACAUCCUGUGUCAGGAGGAGGAGUUACACAAGCCGGAUCGAGGGGCGCUGGGGGACAACAUAAUGGAGGUAGGUGUGGUAAACAAUGCCUUGGACAAACUGUGCCCAGCCAUCUCCGGGAAUUUAGACAGUGAUACGGAGAGCACACUGGAAAAGAUCAAACCGAUAACACAGAACGGGCAGCACAAAGCUGUGUCCUGUUGAGAGCAGGAUCAGAACACUCAGAGAUGGACAUCUCGAUAAAAAUGCCUGACAGUGACGUAGGUACCUUAGGACUGUCUACGCCAAUCUACAAGGAAAAACCUUCCGAAUGUUUCCAAGUAAAGGCACUUUAUUCUGGGUAAACUAACUGCAAAAUUGAAUGACGUUGUGUGAAAAUAUGUAUACAUUUGCAUUUUGUACAGUAAUCCCAAUGGACUUUUAACAGUAUUUUGUGCCAAGGACAAUGUAGAAAUCGUUAGCAAAAUGUGUUAGUAGGUAUAGGCGAGUGUGUUUAAUGGAAGAGGUAACUAACUUGUUUAAUUUGUCUCUGAUAAUAUUUUAAUUGCAGUAUUCAUAUGGCAGUUUUCUCGCAGAGGGCCAAAAGACAGUGAGAAAAUAUGUUCACAGCUAGUUAAGAGGAAGCAACCAUAUUUCACACAGUUGAUCAGAUAAGGAAAAUUUUGAAAUGUACACAAAAAGUGGUCCAAGGUUGGGAUUUACAAGUAUUUAAUCAGCCCCUUUCACACAGCCUGUAAAGCUGUCUUUUUUUCUGUGUCACCAUUCUGUGUACAUUGCACUGACACUGAAUUGCAGUCUUCCGGCUUCUAGAGAGUAUUUGAGUCGUAACAGAGGCAGAAUGCUGCCUGUGUGAAAGGGUAUUCCGGGACUGGGACUGUUACACAACUAAUUAUCUGCUUGUGGCAACAUCCUGCUUUGUGUGAAAACGGCUAGCGAGUGGGCUGCUAAGGGUCCUCUUUGCUGUUAUGUUUUUAUCCCUUGAUCCCUAUGCUUCCUUUCCUGCCUCUUUCUCGGUUUAGUUUAGUUUUGCUAGUCUUAAUCCCAAAUUAUGAGUGACUGCUUCUUUUUUUUCCCCUCCCUGACUCGCUUUCCCUUCCCAUCUCCUGAUGAAGACCUUUCUCUUGCUUUAAAGCGGCACUAGUGUUUCUGUUUCUAGCACAGUCCUCAGUGUAAGAAGAAUGUAAGUCUAGAGUAAAAUAAAUAACUCGUAGAUGGAAGAAGGUGCAGUCAACCUUAAUGAAAGUGACACAGACUGACCUUUCCCCAACUUGUAAAUAUCCGAUUUCCUAAAUUGCUCACACCAGGAGCCACGCUGCGCCAUGCUGUGUGCUAUGCUCCGGCGGCCAUGUUGGAAGCACGCGGGGUGAUGACAGUCGCUUGCGUUCACAGCGUGAUGGAAAUGACCGGUUAAUCAUGUUGAAUUAACUGCUCAAAAUAUUGCAUUGAUGAAUAUUGAUGAAACUGCAUUGUAAUUUAGCAGCUUUCUGGCCCUGUGAGGAUUUUGGAGGCUGUCAUUGGUGAUAGUGUGUAACUGUAUUGUGUAUCUCAUUUACGUGAACGAUGGUUGGCAAAUGCAUAACGUAUAUGUACUGCAAGAGAACGUUCUAUGAAGUCCUAAUGCCUCAUUAAUUUGAAUUACAGCAGUGAUAGAAGUGUACUGCCUGUAUGUGAGGUGCAUCUUGGACAUGAAAAGGGGUAUUUGAGGGAAAUAUUUUUAUGUAUUUGUGCUCCAUUACCGUAUGGGGUGUCCUAGUUUUUUCACAUACUAUACUUCACAUACUUCUGAACCGCUGCACACACACCAAAGGGUGAACAUUUGUCAAAACCAUGCACUCCUACUGUGAUGCCUGUGCUAUUGUUUUUCUGACAAAUACACCACAUGGUGGCGCUGUUGCUGUUUGAACCCCAUAAGUCCGACUGACUUAAAAUUUCUCACACAGCUCAAUGCGCUUUACAAAAUCUCCACUGUAACUUUAGAGUGUUUCGUCAAAUCACAGCCAAAUUUGGUGCACACCCUUAAGAGACUGACAAGCACAUGUCUGUCAAAUUUGAGCAAGAUUUGUUAAAAAAACAUGGCCGCCAUCAAGCAAAACGUCUUUGCAGGGGCAUGGACAGGACUUAACUAAUUGCCGUAAGUCAUUGACAUUUUGUCUAAUAAUAAUAAAACUUUGACUGCAAUCCAUAGCUGGCGCCACAAAUGACAAAAUUAGGACACGCCAUGGGAUCAGUUUUUUUGUUUAUUUCACAUUAAAGUGUUAUAUUCUUUACUACAUGUCCAAAUGUAAGAUACCUGUUCCUGUUAUGUUGCCUUUCCCGCAAAUGCCCAUGCACAUGUUUACUGCUUUAUUUAUGCCAGAGGUUUUCAAAGUGUGUGGUGGGCUUCUGACUUUAGAGGGGAUGCAGCAGCUUGACAAAAGUAAAGAUGAACAUUAUUUCAAACCUGCUAAGCUAACUUCAAUUAUGUCAAAGGCAGAAUGAUUUGAUCUUUACAGCCUACAGUGAGCGCCACUAAACAUGCUCCAGAAAAUCAGUUUUUUUUGGGAAGUACAGUAGGGGAGGCCGCAGCAGUAUUAUGUUUUCGUAAGUGCCACACUUUGAAAACCCCUGAUUUAUGCUCUGACUCACUAGCACCUCUGGAGGAACAAUGUGGUAGUGUAAAGUGGCAUCCACUGGUCACCAAAAUGCAUACCUGUCAACCCUUCUGUUUUCAACCCAAAUGGCCUGUUGGAAAUUUGGAAAUUCUUGUGGAAGAGCAGUUUCCCUUAUUUCCCCCUCAUUUUUCCUUUAUUUUUUCAGAAUACUUAUUUUAUAAAGCAACGGUUGACAGGUAUGCCAAAAUGAAAUCAGGUGAUGUAGACUAAAAUAAAUGCAGGAAAAGCUGCAAACACAAAACCAAAGUUAGGUUUGUUGCAGUGUUGCAGUGAUUUUUUUUUCCCAGGGAAAGUCAUGGGUUUGUGCAUGUGUUUUGAAACGGUUGCACAUCAGGGGUAGAGACAGAGAGACAGAGAUAGAGACGGUCCAAUACCAAAGCAAUUGGUCUUGAACGCAGCAUUUGAUUUUCCUGUGCUGGAAAAUCCAAUGCUGUCUAUAUGGCAACAAAUAUAAAACUGGGUGGUAGCUUUUAGCUCAAUACGUGACUUGGCUUGUGACACAAGCAAGCUAAUUGUCCUCCUGUCACGCUGCUGCUAUAUUAGUUUAGCAGCGAAUGGCCUUUCUGUCAAUUCAGUUUAAUUUCAAACAGCCCACUGCACAUUAUUUUCUUGCAUCUGAUACCUUUUGAGUUCCACCUUUUGUCCCCAAAAACAAGGAAAUGAUGUGUGUUGUGUUGUGCAGUUAGUCAGUCAGGACUGGACAAGGAUGUAUGGGAACCGCCUUGAGAAUAUUCACCCCUCCUCAUCCUCCUCUUCUCCUCCUCGCUCUCUUUUCUCUUGGCUGCUUCUGUCGACUUGAUGAGCAUUCCAGAUGUUAACACGGAUUGAAUUUAUUAUUAAAGAGACAGGGCCUACUGUUUCCCUUCUGUACUUUUGAGUCACGGCACUGAAUCAAAGCUCUCUGCAGAUAUUCAGAGAGUAACUGAUGAGGCUCAAAUUAUGGCUGGGAUUUUUUUGGUCAUUUGUGGCAUCUUAAGACUGCUUUCAAGAAAAACUGGGAAGUAGUAAAUAUUGUAACUGGAGCUUAUAAGGUGUGAUGUCAAAAUGAUUACACAAAAUAUGAUUACCGCCAUAUAUAUAUAUUUUAUAACUUACAAUAUAGCAAAUACAGUAUAUUCAAAAUUAUUAUCUAAACAUUCAGGGUUUUUAAAAUUGUAAUAUUGAUAUUAUAUAUACUGUAUAUGUAUAAUAUAAUGUAUGUUAAUUCUAUUAUUUAUUAAUUAUAUUAUAUAUUAUUGUUAUUGAAAUAUUAUUGUUAUUUGAGCCGGUUCCAUGUUUGUGUUCACCCAGUGGAUCCAACCUCAAUCCAGUGGCUUGAGGUUGUCUUGUAUAACCAAUACAUAAGACUAGAUACUGUUUAUACAUACUGCAUUCGAGAAAACUGGUCAGAAAAAGCCUUGAUGGCGCUCAUGACAUUUUACCUCAAAGAGCUUCAGUCAAAAGUACAUUAAAAAACAUGGCUGACAAUCUUCAGGACCUCUGCUUCCAAGCAACGUACCAUUACACUUUUCCUAUUCUGUAGGUCAGUAAUUUCUGACCUCCCGGUCUUUUCGAAUGCUGAAAUAUAGACUAUGACGUUGGACUACUACAUGACAUUCAAGUCAGGAUAUAGUACACACAUUUUCCCAGAUUAACAAGAGGAAGUGGCCUUCCAUUAUACUUUUCCAAAUACUUUCCCAUUUACUCAGAUUUCGAAAUACAACUAAUAUGUUUUGUACAGAUUGUUGUGCGACUUUAGAUUACUGUAACUCAGUGAAGUCAGGUUGGAAGAAUUUAUUUAAGCUUCACAAGCAGAAACUCUUUUUUUCUAAACUUUUCCUCAUCCAAGAUCAGACAUUUGUGAACUUUCAAGUUUCCUUGAAGGCAGUUUUGUCUCGUUGUGUAACAUCAGUCCACUACAACUCAGUAAAGUCAUAGCAUAUUGAUUUGCGCUAACUUCGCUAUUAGGAACCUAACUUAGCGUGGCAGUGACUGGCGUAGGUCACACAUUUCUGAUUUCCCAAUUUUUCCAAAUGCAGUAAUAGCCUUUUUGUUCCAUUGUUGCGUUGUUGUGUUUGUUCCACUGCAUCUCAGUAAAGCCAGGAUACAUCAAUUUACAGAACUUCACAAAAAGGAACUUUGAUUUAAAAGGCAGUCUAUUACACAUUGACUAGUUGGGAGGCCUGAAAUUUCUGACCAGUUUUCUUGAAUGCAGAAAUGUCAGUCAAGUCACAGUACGUAGCCAUAAUAUUGAUUUGUUCCAGCUUCACAAGAAGAAACUUUGAUUUCCUGAGGGAUUCCUUUACGUAUUUCCUAAGCAUGGGUCACAAACUUGUGAUUUCCCAGUUUCCUCAAAUGAAAUCAUGGUCUUUUUGGGUACAUCAAUUUGUCUCAACACAAGUAAGAACUAUGACAUUGGCAUUGUCACAAUUUUCCUAUUAAAUGAUCAGAAAUUUCCGACUUCCCGGUUUUCUGAAUGCUGUGCAAGUUGGACUGAUCUUCGUUGUGUUUCAGUUCCAUGUAAAAGCCUCCGAUUCCUCUGACUACUCACCUUGCAUACAUGAGUCAUCAGUGCACGUCACUGCUUUGAUUCAGAAUCUGACCGACGGCAGGCCACUACAUUCCCCUCCCUCCCUUCUUUUUCAUGUCCUCCAGUUAGGAGUUAUUGACAGAACAAUGUUUGACUUUUGACAAUUUAAGCAAAAACCUCUCUAGCGUCCUAUCACUCUGUGAUGCAGGGGGCCAAAGGUAGACCACUCCACUUGAAUAACAAGCUAUUUCCAUGUGAAGGAUGCAGGGAUUGUCGUUUUUGUGAUGAACACAAGUGCUUUUUAUCUUUAAAAAAAAAAAAAAGAUAAAAAGAAAAAAAAACUCCUGUGUCGCAAACGUGGACAUGCUGUUUGUCUUUCUCCAUUGUUUGAAUUCAAGAUGCAGGCAAGCCAGUGACUAUUUAUAUAUUUAUUUAUUGACCUGUUUCGGGUGUUCUUUCAUGAAAGUGAUGUCAAAGAUUAUAAUCCUCUUGAUUUAUUACUUGUAUUUAGUUUAAAGUUUGUACAAACAUAUAUAAAUAUGAUGUGCCAUUUUCUUGUAAAAAUAAACAUGUAUUGCUCUUUGUUGUUUUGCAUACAUGCUCUGUUAUUGAUUUUGAGAGGAUUUGUGUGUGUGUGUGUGUGUGUGUGUGUGUUGUACCUUUGACACCGCUAUUGGAAGAUCAUGUCAUUGCAGUGGAUCAAUGUGGAUUGAUUUGGAACUACGAUGCUUUUUUUUGUUGUUGUUCCAACUCCCUGAGCAUGUUGUCCUCGCUGUGUGCCUGCCUUGGACGUGCAUUUACAUAACCUGACAGGCACUUGGCAGCUGACGCAUCCUCUUCUCCCCCAUCUUACCCAGACUCAUUUGUUACGUUAAAUGUGGCUCUUGGCCUUUUAUGUUUUAUAUUUUAUAUCUCUUUGCUGUAAAUAAAUGAUGCAUAAAGGGUAAAAAAAAGAUGCAUCGCA